AUGGAAGGUGGAGAUAUCUUUGAUUGCGUUGACAUGAAUCUACAACCAUCUUUUACUCACCCAUUGUUGAAAGACCACAAAAUUCAGAUGGAACCAAGUUCUUUCCCAAUAGGGACGGAUGUCAAAUCAGCAUCUCUACAUCAUGUAUCACAAGCACAGCUGCCUCUUGUUUCCUGCCCAAGAGGAACAAUACCUAUACUACGUAACCAUAUAAGAGACUGUAUAUCAUCCAAAGGUAGAGACCGUAUAUCAUCCAAAGGUAUUGAUGAAGUGGUUGGCAAGGAUAAACAACAAGAGGAGGUGGGCAUCAAAUAUCAACACGAUGAUAUAUACGGGACACGGGCUAUAAUAAAUGUUUAUGAGCCAAAGGUGAAGAAUCAUACGAAGGAUCUUAGUGCAACAUCCAUAAAAAUUUAUAAUGGAGCAGGUCGUGAAGAAGCAAUUGUUGUCGGUUAUUUGGUAUCCCCGAGUCUAAGUGGCGAUAGCUUCGCUAGGUUCCAUGUUUCUUGGGAUGAUGGCUUACUAAAAAAGCCAUGUUAUGAUCACAUAUGUCCUGGUUUUGUGCAAGUGAAUCACAACGUUGGUCUUGGAGGAAGGUUGCAACCUAUUUCAAUAUAUAAUGGACCACAAUAUGUCAUAACUGUUCUUAUGUUCAAGGACCCAAGGACUAAGAAUUGGUGGGUGGUAUAUGGUGAAGAGAAUACUCCAGUUGGAUAUUGGCCAAGUUCAUUAUUCACCUAUAUUAAGGACAGAGGUGAAAGUGCAUUUUGGGGCGGGCAAGUUUCUGGACCCACUGCCUCAACAGACUCUCCGCAAAUUGGUAGUGGUCAUUUUGCCUCGGAAGGAUAUGGAAAAUCAGCUUUUAUAAAAAACAUCCAAAUAAUUGAUAAAAACAACAAGUUUCUUAAUCCAAAUGACAACAAAGCUUUAACCGGCAGCAGCAAUUUAUCAAAAUUCACGGUCGAUGGUUAUGGAAUCAACAAGUCUGGUAUGCAUAUAUACUAUGGUGGACCAGGUGAUUUAGUCUGA